UGAACGCCGGUUUCAUGACAGAUAAACGUCAAACAUCAAUGGCGGAUAGCGUCUGUUAUAAAUGUAUUUAAUUUCCCGCUAGAGGACCGUUGUUAAUUUUUUAUCCUUAAAUAUUGUUUUAAUCAGAUAUCAAAAAUGACGAUCGGCAAGAAUAAUAAGAUGCAACAGCACAUAAACUAUCGAGUCAGGGUAAUAUUGCAGGACUCGAGAACAUUUAUUGGAACAUUUAAAGCUUUCGAUAAACAUAUGAAUUUAAUAUUGGGUGACUGUGAGGAGUUCAGAAAAAUCAAGUCCAAAAAUACCAAAACCGUUGAUAGAGAAGAAAAGAGGACACUCGGUUUUGUUUUGCUAAGAGGUGAAAACAUAGUGUCCCUCACUAUAGAAGGACCUCCCCCUCCGGAAGAAGGCUUGCCUCGCGUCCCGCUGCCUGGUGCUAUGGGAGGCCCAGGGGUUGGCAGGGCGGCUGGUCGAGGCGCGGGUAUUGGAGGUGCUCCGCCUGGCUUACAGGGCCCGGUAAGAGGUGUUGGAGGGCCUUCACAGCAGCAUAUGGCUCCGGGACCUAGGGGACAGUUAUCGGCGCCUCCACAGAUGCGAGGCGGUCCAAUGAUGGGUGGACCUCCACCUGGUAUGAUGGGAGCACCUCCAGGUAUGGGCCGAGGUGGCCCAGGCAGAGGUGGCCCACCUGGCAUGCGUCGAUACUAAGUGUUUUGUGUUCAGUGAUGUGUUUUGCAUUGAGUCCCAAAGUGCUAAGGAAUUGACCUGAUAUUGUAACCAACAGCAGAGAUUUGUGUAUUACUUGUCUGUUGUCAUUAUACUAUAGGUUAUAGGUAUGUAUCGAAGAACUAUUUUGAUAAAUUAUAGAGUAAGAAUUCACAA